CAGGUGCCCACUGGUGCAUUUAAAACUGGCUCGUAGUCGCAUUUUCCUCAGUUCGUCUAGUUCGUUUUUUUAGAUCAUGUUGGGGAAAUUCCGGAUUUUUCGUGUUUUCUGUAUCUUCAUGAUGCUCUGCACCGUCAUUGAAGACGGCAGGGCAAAGCCGCCAGCGAGAAUAAUCGGUGGAGUAAAUGCAUCAAUUGAAGAAUUUCCAUCAUUGGUCUCGAUCCACCGGAAUGGCGUAUAUAUCUGCGGUGGAACCCUCAUCACCAACAAACACGUUUUGACUGCCGGACACUGUGCGGUCUUGCAACUUCCAAAGAGCCGUAUUUAUAACAUGGUAUUAUCUGCACGUGUUUUUACUGUGUACGCAGGAAGCAACAGUAGUAAGAGUUCUGAAAAUUCUCUGAAAGUUGAGGAGGUGCAUGUCCAUGACAACUACACUGGUGACUCCAGUUCAGACUUUCAUGAUGAUAUAGCUAUUCUUACGCUUAAAACUGCUGUCGAAGAGAGUUCUGAAAUAAGACCUAUUGCUUUAGCGUCCAGAAAUACGGAGCCAGGUGAGAUUGGUAUCAUAACAGGUUGGGGAGCUACUACAUUAAACGGACCAUAUUCCUCGACAUUGAAAAAAGCCCUAACGAUGGUCCACGAGAAUGAAGAUUGCUGGACAAUACCAGACACUCAAUUAUGUGCGGUCAUCAGCUACGGAAUUGGAUUCUGUGAUGGUGACAGUGGCGGUCCUCUCGUCAUCAACAAUGAAGUCGUGGGCGUUAUUUCUAAUGCCGAAGGAUGUGGCGAAGGUUUUCCUGACGUUUUCACGAGAGUUUUUAGUUAUCUCACGUGGAUUCGUGAGAUAACGCAUCCUAAGGAGUAAAAUACUGUAUUGAGAUGAGAUUAAAUAAGUGUCCAAUUGUAAUGAGUGUAGCACUGGCGAAGAAUCACAUUCCUUUCGAGUUAAACCUGGCAUUUUGUCUGUAUGAUCAAUAAAAUCUAAGAAAAUCUCCGUGAA